ACCACGAGGCUGCCGUGAAUGAAAACCGCCAUCUUCUCUCGCCGAGGAGGAGAAGCGCAGCAGAUAUGGCUGACUACAGUAACGUGGCUCCCCCGUCCUCUAAUGCUGGCGGCGGCAUGAACGACGCGUUCAAAGACGCUCUCCAGCGGGCGCGACAGAUCGCAGCCAAAAUUGGAGGUGAUGGCGUUGCGGCACCUACAACAAACGAGUUUGGUUACGGAGGCCAGAAAAGGCCCCUGGAAGAUGCUGGUGGGUAUUUUCCCAUGCCUAACCUCAAUAUAGACCAACCAGAGACAAAGAAAGUGGCUCCUAGUGACCCAUUUUCCUCAGCCAUGGGAGGAAUGGGUGGUCCCCCAAGAUCCACAUCAGAGGAAUUCAAGGUUCCUGAUGGAAUGGUUGGAUUUAUUAUUGGAAGAGGAGGUGAGCAGAUAUCCCGUAUGCAACAGGAGUCAGGAUGUAAAAUACAGAUUGCCCCAGACAGUGGAGGAAUGCCAGAGAGGUCGGUGACAUUAACAGGAACACCAGACUCCAUCCAGACCGCAAAGAGGCUGCUAACAGAGAUUGUUGAGAAAGGACGGCCAACCCCAGCAUUCCACCACAACGAUGGCCCAGGCAUGUCCGUCCAGGAGAUUAUGGUCCCUGCCUCGAAAGCCGGACUUGUCAUUGGCAAAGGAGGAGAAACCAUCAAAAGCCUUCAGGAACGAGCCGGAGUGAAGAUGGUCAUGAUCCAAGAAGGUCCACAAAACACAGGCGCAGACAAACCUCUCCGUAUUUCAGGAGAACCCUUCAAAGUUCAGCAAGCCAAAGAGAUGGUGAUGGAGCUGAUCAGAGACCAGGGCUUUAGGGAGCAGAGGGGCGAGUACGGCUCCAGGAUGGGAGGCGACAGUUUAGAUGUUCCUGUUCCCAGGUUUGCGGUUGGAAUUGUGAUUGGGAGGAACGGUGAAAUGAUCAAGAAAAUUCAGAGUGACACUGGAGUUCGGAUCCAGUUCAAGCAGGAUGACGGCACCACCCCAGAGAGGAUAGCCCAGAUCAUGGGUCCUCCUGACCAGGCUCAGCACGCAGCAGAGAUCAUCUCUGACCUGCUGAGGAGCGUGCAGGCUGGUGGCCCUCCAGGACACGGGGGUGGCCGGGGCCGAGGCCGUGGGCAGGGCAACUGGAACAUGGGCCCACCUGGUGGCCUGCAGGAGUUCACCUUCACUGUUCCAACCAUGAAGACCGGCCUCAUCAUUGGAAAAGGUGGUGAGACGAUCAAAGGCAUCAGCCAGCAGUCGGGGGCCAGGAUCGAACUGCAGAGGAACCCUCCGCCCAACGCUGACCCCAACAUCAAGAUGUUCACUGUUCGCGGCUCCCCUCAACAGAUAGACUACGCCAGGCAGCUAGUGGAGGAGAAAAUAGGGGGACCAGUCACUCCAAUGGGUGGCCCACAUGGCCCCCCUGGUCCCCAUGGAGGUCCUGGCCCACAUGGCCCUCCUGGACCUCCCGGGCCUCCCGGUGCUCCCAUGGGCCCGUACAACCCUGGACCGUACAACCAGGGACCUCCGGGACCACAUGGUCCACCUGCACCUUAUCAGCCUCAGGGAUGGGGUAACGGCUUCCCACAUUGGCAGCAAGGCCAGCCUGAUCCCAUGGGUGCAGACAAAGCGGCAGCUGAUGCCAAUGCGGCGGCUUGGGCAGCCUACUAUUCUCAGUACAGCCAACAGCCACAGGCUCCCAUGACUCCGACCACCGGAGCCCCAGGCACGACUCAGACCAACGGUCAAGGUGACCCGCAGGCGCCAGGUCAGACUGGACAGGCAGAUUACACCAAGGCCUGGGAGGAAUAUUACAAGAAAAUGGGUCAACAAAGCCAGCAGCCUCAGGAUUACACAAAAGCUUGGGAGGAGUAUUACAAGAAACAAGGUCAAGCGGCCCCUCAGGCCACGGCGGCCGCAGCGGCCUCCCAGCCUGGAGGCCAGCCGGACUACAGCGCUGCCUGGGCAGAGUACUACCGCCAGCAGGCCGCCUACUACGGCACGGCCAGCCCUCAGACGAUGGGCGCCGCGCCACAAGCCCCUCAGGGCCAGUAAUGUGAAGUGGACAUAAAGUAAAUGCUACAUUGUCGAAACAAAAUCCUUUGUUAAAUGUUUGGAUGCAGACGCCUUGAUGAAGAUCUUAAAUUUCCUUGGUUUGAAAGUGUUUCACAUAGAUGGCAGAUUACCCGGCGAACACGUCCUCUUUCAUUUUUCUUUUUUGUUUUUGUUCUUCUUGUAAAUGCUUUGUUUUUAGUGAGGUAAUUAUACAUAUUGGUCAUUCCAGCCUUGUAUUUACAUAAAAUGUGGUUAGAACUCAUGUUUAUUAAACUGUAGUCAUUACCAUGUAAAUCAUCUCAGUUUUAAAAAUGCUAUUGCCUGUUGUGUUUUGCAAUAAAACAAAAUGAAACCUCCUGUGUUGGUAAGUUGGGGUGGUUUUGGAAAAAAAAAUGGUUGAAAUGUUGUAUGUUUUUAUUUUACCAUGGACUUUUUGGAAAGACUUCAAAUGCAGGCCUUCUCUGGUUUUGUUUGUUCAAAAUGGCUGACUCAAAGUUGCAAUGUCCUGUCUGUCUCUCUCCAACUGUCUACAAAGCUCUUAGAUACAUUAUUUUGCGUGCAAUGAUCUUGAAUGGUUCAGACCAAUGCAUUUCCUGAUAGACAUUUUUUUUAUACCUCCAUUGCUCUGACUCCAGCAGUAGACAGAUGUUUGUCAUAAGAAAGCGUAGAGGUGGCUCAUGUUUGUAACUCAUGCAUUAACUGCGUUGCUAUGGCAUUCUCUUCAAUCUUGCCUGGUUUGCUGAUCUUGUUGAGGUAGUAUGCACUGUGUUUUGCCUUGAUAGACACUUCCUCCCCCACAGGCAAGUUUAGAAAAGCGGUAAGCAAGUAUUUUUUUUUUUUUUUUUUUUUUUUUAAACAUGUUCCUCAGAAAACAUGGUUGCAAGUAAUGUUGCAUAUUUUUAGUGUUUUUGUGCUGUUCUUUUGCAGGACAGUAAGGUAAAUUGUCACUGUAUCGAAUUCAUUGCAUUGAAAAGUUUGUUCUCUCCCCCAUUUUCAACUGUCUGACAGUGAAUCCACAUGUAUGAAUUUGUUGGACUUUUUUUAUAUAUAUAUAUAAAAACACAUUUUGACAACAUAAAAAGAAUUACACAAGUCGUGUUUUGCUGUGCCCAUUCUGUUAGUGUUUGCCCAGUAUAAGAACAUAGGUUGGUAGAGGGUCGGGGGUUGGCUAAGCAGUCCUUCAUCCAUGACUUGAGCCCUCCUAUACUGUAAGUACACUACUGUGACUUUUAAGAGCCAAACACUUUUCGAUGUUUGACAAGUUGCAAAAAUAUGUAGUAUCUGUGAAAUAUUGCAAUUUUCCCCUCUUAAGUUUUGGGUAAGUAUAAAAUGUUUUUUAGAGGAGAGGCAUAGUGCUUUGGACUUGAUGUUGAAAUUUUUUUUUUUUUUGUGCCACAUGUUUUUGAGACUUUGCAUUUCCCCUUGUUUGACUCCACUGACUGCAUAACAUCCAGUCUCUGAAUACAUAAAGGAUGUUGAUAAAGUUUGCAUUUUAGAUGUAGAUUAUCCUUGUAGGUAGCAAUUCAGUGCCAGUUGGACUGUUUUGUUUUUGUGAACUCUGAACUGAGGAUCACUAAUAUGUAAGAUUUCUCUCUAACAUUCUUGGUAGGAACUUUUUAAGGCUGUACAUGUGGUUUCGGCGUUGUGAACAUCUGACCUGCCAAGUGCCAUUGUGUAGUUGAGAUUAUCAUGUUUUUCAAAUGCCAUUUGUUACAAGAUGAAUUCAAGUUGCCCAGAAAAGUCUUGUUGCAUUUAUUACUGUGGUUCCAGCACCAUUUAAUGUAGCAUGUAUAGGUCUCUGCUGUUUCAUUUUCUAAUGUCGUAUGAGCAUGUUGGAAUGCCAGUAGUGGAAGUGCUUCUGACUAGCGCAGCCAUGUAGAUUUUCCUGACAUAUUGUCUGAAUGAGCACUGUCCUGAAAGGCUGUUAAUUUUUAAGUCAAACAUUUGACUGCAUUGUUCACUGAUGGCAAACAGUGCAAUAUCUGAUCUUUGCAGUGUCAUCCCAGACCUUGCACCUUAGGUUCUGCUGCAAUAACACAGGUAAGCGAAACCUAAGGAAACCAGUGUUUUUGACCAGUGACAUUACCAAUAUACAUGCGAAAAAUGCUUACCUGUGUCGUUACAUGCCUAAAUGCAUUUGUGCUUAGUCGUAAGCAAUGUCCAGGAUAUUGAAUAUCAGCAGCCCUUGUUUAGAUGAUUUGCCCUCAUGAAUGAAUUGCAUGGUAUGAGCUAUAUGACUUGAUAUAACAAGUUUGACUCUUACUAUUGUCUGAUGUCACACAACUUGAACAAAAGUAAUACAUUUGUUGCCUAGGCUCAUUAAGGAAAUAUUGUCAUUGUAGUAUGUGUUUAGUAUUUCCGGUUAUAAGCCUUAUUUUUGCAUUCCGGUAAGUCUGGCAGUGAGUUUACAUCAAUGAUGCUCUAGAGAACUUGACUUUGUCCUGUGACUUGGGUAAAAAAUAAAUAAAUAAAUAAAUCAAACUGCAUGCAAUGCAAACGUGUUGCCAGAGGUUAGGAAUAUGCUCAACAACCAGGUCCCAACAGUCAAAUACAUGAUUUUUUUUUCUGUGGUGGUGUGAAAUCUUCCCCAAAGUGCAGUGCAAAUCUACUAUUGAAACACUGCUGCCUUCACUUCUCGCUCACAGUGUUGGAGGAUGCUGCAAGCUUAGGUCGUAGAAUCAGGCCCUGUGGUAGUUUGUCCCAAAAGGAGGAAUCCUUUGAGUCAAUCCCACUGCUGAACGUAGACCAUUCGAGAGCUCCAGUGAUAAGGUAAAAAAGCAAUGCAAUGACAUGCAAAUUCUGUGACUGCAAAGUGUUGGUCAGAUACAUGUUUUCAGCUCGGAUUGACUGUCUUUUUCUAACCAUGCCAUAGUGUAUUUUAGAGUUGCUUGAUGGUUGUCUCAUUUUUUCUUGAUUCGUUUGAAUGCCUUCACCAAUAACUGUCAUGAAAUGCUUUAGAAAGUUGGAUGAGGACCAGGAACUGAUGUACUUUGUGGAUGUCAGUGGCAGACUUAUUUUUUUUUGUUUUUGGCAGUAAAAUUGGGGUAGUGAUAUUUAAUUGAACCUCACAUUUCUGUAGUGAAAGGCCGCGUUAUGUAUGAAGCUGUUGACUAUGCGUACGAGAUGCUCUCUUCCUCUGAGCUAAGUGUUUCAACACAGAGUUCGUGGGGGUAUAGAAGACAAAACAGGAGUGAGAAAUAAGGAGCAUGCCUUAGAGGUAAACUAAAGGUUUCAUGUGCUGUGUAUAUUAUAGAAUGUAUUGUUUUUGGAAUCACUGUUGACUUUUGCAAUGUUGCCAUGUCCAUUAAUAAAGUUGUAAAACUUCAAA